AUGGAAAUCCGCCCACAGCUUCUCCGAUUCAAGCUCCAAAUUCUCGUCGCCCUUGCUUUGGCUUUCUCCGGCAUCUUCGUCGGCUAUUUGGCCCCUCGGUUCGUCGACAUCUUGAAGUACUUUUGGCCGCUGCUCGUUUCGACGGCCCUAUUUCUCGUUGCCAUCGUCGUUUUCGACCGGAUAUCGCCGGUGACGGACGAUUCAGGCGAGAAACCCGGCGAGGGGUUGCUCGAUUACGUCUCCGGCGAGCCGCCGGUUGGGGAAGUGGAGACUACCGAAGGGGCGGCAGAAGCGGAAGAAAGCGUGAAAGCCGAAUAG